AUGACAUCAACGAUUACACCAACCGAUGAACACGUUACAGAGGUAGAAGAUGACACAUAUGAAUUUGCUCAUGGGACUGUGAUGAUUCUUGCAUGGAUUGUUUUCGCAUCAACUGCAGUUCUGUUUGCACGUUAUGGUCGAACAAUACGAAUUGGCUCGAAAGACACUUUUUUGGGUGAAAAAAUUUGGUUUCAAGUACAUCGUACAGUUGCUUUAUUGGCCACAGUACUAACUCUGCUUGGCUUUUUCUUUAUUUUGGUGCAAACUCAUGGCGAAUGGGUAGAGUCUGAUGAAUACUAUAGAUUUGUUCAUUCUGUUCUUGGUGGUAUUAUUGUGUGUUGUGCACUUGUGCAAGCAUGGAUGGCGCUGUUUCGUUGCCACCCAGAUGGCAAAUUCCGUUUCAUUUACAAUUGGCUUCAUCGAUUGACUGGCCUAUUAGCUUUUUUUCUUUCGGUGCCGACUAUUUUUGUUAUUAUCGCAGAUUUCAGUACAAAUCGAACAGGCAUGAUUAUUAUUCUUUCAAUCUGGUCUGCAUGGGUGGUUUUUAUUGUAAUUGUUUUAGAAGUCGUUCAAUGUUUUCUUCAAAGAUCAUUAAAACAGAUUAAAAUGAAAAACAAGCCUGAGCUAUACGCUCUCAGGGAACCACCGUUUAUUAAUAGAAACACAAAUACUGAAAAUAACGAUCUUAGUGUUAUGACACCUUGGCAUUACAUAACAUUAGUUUUGUUUUUGCUGCAUUUCCUUGUCUCUAUCGCUUUGGCUAUCCCACUUAUUAUUAUUGUUUGGCAGCAAUAG